GCCAAUUGUACAAAACUACAAAUAGUAUAAGAAGUGGGCGUCGUUGUGGUGUGUUGGGAUGCACAUGAUCCAACGCUGAAGAUUACACAAUUCAAAAAGCAUAAUUAUCUUGGUCAUCUCGGUUAACUGCUGAACCGGUCAAAAAGAAAACACGCGAAAAUGUAUCUUGUCCAAACGACACGCAGAUUAAUUAAUGUUUAAAGACUAUCCACCUACAAUAGCCGGUCAUCAAUUCAAGGCAUAUAUUUAGCAAGAAUCAAUGUUUCAUUCCUCACUCUAUCUUUUCUCUAACCCUAAAAUCUCUUUUAUCUCUUUCUCUUUCUUUGGUUAUGGAGAAUAUUGGUGUUGGGAUGCCGUUUUACGAUUUAGGGCAAACAAGGGUUUACUCACACUUCUCUGACUUCCACGAUUUAUCGGCGGAGAGGUAUCCGGUAGGGUUCAUGGAUUUACUGGGUGUUCAUCGUCAUGCACUCACCCAUUCGCCGUUGUCGUCGGAAAAGAAGAGAGAUGACGAAGAAGAAGAAGAAGAAGAAGAAGAUGGAGAAGAACAUCAGCAUAAGACAAAUAAACGGUUUAAAUUCACUAAGAGUAUUGAGAAGACGAAGAUGAAGGUGCCAAAAGUGUCAUUCAUCACGAAGAGUGAGGUUCUUCAUCUAGAUGAUGGUUAUAAGUGGAGAAAAUACGGUCAAAAGCCUGUCAAAGACAGCCCUUUUCCAAGGAAUUAUGACGUGAAGAAGAGAGUAGAGAGAUCAUUCAGUGAUCCAAGCAGUGUAAUCACCACUUACGAAGGUCAACAUACUCAUCCUCGUCCAGUACUCAUCAUGCCCAAAGACCGCAGCUCUCGAUCCAGUGGCUCAGAUUCUAGGUCCCACUUUGGCCACUUUGGCCUCCCUACACUCCCUCCUCAGCUUUUAGAUUACAACAACCAUCAACAACAACAACAAGGGCCGUCGCCGUCUUCUUUUGAAACCGAGUACAUUAACAGGCAAGAAAAAGGAAUUGAUCGUGAUGAUGAUGACGAUCAUGUUGUGAAGAAGAGUCGAACUCGGGAUCUGUUGGAUGGAGCUGGUUUAGUCAAAGAUCAUGGCCUUCUUCAGGAUGUUGUUUCCUCUCAUAUCAUUAAGGAAGAGUAUUAGUUAAUCGCAUAAUUAUGUAGCUAUCUAGGUUUAUUUUUUCUAAUUGUCAUGAAAAAUAGGAUCUUUGCUUUGCAAUCUUGAAUGGAUCAGGUAGAUGUUGAAAUUUUCCAAAUCUUGUAAUGAUAGGGUGAUCUUCAAGAUGUCACAUGUAUUUGAUCCUGAUGAGUAUUUUUUUCCGAACGAGAGGAAUCAUACUUGUUUAAUUGAGAUAUAUUCCUUUACUUUACAGUAACCCGUUUGAUGCAUCAAGGAUCAAAACACUAAUUAACCUUAUUGAACCGUAUCACAUUUAGGUAGUUAAGUAUUUUGUGUGUUUGCCUAAUUAAUCGAGUUUUAAUGUCACUCGACUCACUCUAGUAUAUGGAUCGUCGAAGUGAUAUCCAACCUCGAACAAUGUACAAUAUUUUGAGAGCAAUGAUACGUUCUAGCUAGUCUAGGGUUUAAUGUUUUUUUUUUUUCAUAUAGAGCCGAAGUCGGUAAAC